UUAUAUUGGGUAUCAGAAUAAAUGAGCAAUUAAAGAAAAGAAAAAAUGGCAAUUAUCACUUAAGACGUAUCUUAAUUAAACGACACAAGACACGGAUGCUAUUUGCCACGCGUCGCAUUAUAGCGCAUUUGGGAGGAGAAAACGAGGGGAGCAAAGAUCAGUUUCAUCUCAUCGACGAAGUCAAGCAAAUCGUCGGUUCCUCUCCUUCUCUACUCCGAAUCAAAUCUCCGGUUCAUCUCCUACUCGACGACGAAUGAAAUCGACGGCUGCUCUCCUUCUCGAAGAGGAAUAAAAUCGAGGCCUUCUCUCCAACUCGAAGACGAAUCAAAUAAGAGGUGGCUCUGUUUGUGGACGAGGAAUCAACUCAUCGGAGACCAAUUUCCUCUCCGGCGGUUCCGAGACCGCAAGCUUGAGAGCCGAAGACGACGCAUCAGUUUAACUUCAACUCGCAGAAAGGUUUCAAGCUCACUAUUAUUUGUGUUUCUGAUAAUGAUUUGCGUUUUUGAUAAUGAUAUAUUGGUUCAUAUUGGUUCACUGAUCAUAUCUAUUAAUUUUGAUAUGUUUCUGUGUCGAGGUCACGAGAGAUUAGGAAGGUUUGUCAUAAACAAGGACGAUCAGAGAUGGAUCAUGAGAGAUGAGCAAGGCUGAUCAUAAACAAAGACGACACGAGCAAUACAGUCAACAAGAUACUGUGUUUGAGUUAGGAGAAGAUACUGUGUUUGGCACACAGCAAAGCGAGGAGCAUCCAAACGUUGGUGACACUCCUUCAGGGCGUAAAGAACGAAGAACAUGGACGCAUACAGAUGACAUAGUCCUCAUCAGCUCUUGGCUAAACACGUCAAAAGAUCCCUUAGUAGGCAAUGAGCAACGUUCUGAUUCUUUUUGGAAAAGAUUUGCCGCUUACUUUGCGGCAAGCCCGAAGAUUGGAGUGGGUGAAGAGAGGGAGCAUGGUAACUGUAAGCAAAGGUGGCACAGGAUCAAUGAUCAGGUUAGCAAGUUCUGUGGCACGUAUGAGAAAGCCACCAGGCUCAAAACUAGCGGCCAAAACGACAAUGAUAUUCUCAAGGCAUCUCAUGAGAUCUUCUUAAACAACUAUAAGAAGAAAUUUACACUUGAACAUGCGUGGAAGGAGCUUAGAUAUGAUCAGAAAUGGUGUAGCCUGAGCACUUCCAAAACGGACAGAAGCUCUAAAAGGAGGAAGUGUGAUCAGAUGAAGACAACAACUGAGCUCGAAUAAAUAAAUUUGGAUCUUUUAUAAUGUUUUGUAUAAUAAAUAAAUUUGUUAUUGUGUUUUUUUUUUAAUCCAUGUUUUAAAUAUUAUCUUUUAUGAUGUUUUGUAUAAUAAAUAAAUUUUAUUUUUAUUUAAAUUUUUUUAAGAACUCCAAAAUAAGAGACUUGCAUUGGAGGAUCUAAAUAUUCGGGUAUCUUAUAUAAGUCUCUUAUUCUCACAUUAACUACUAAUAUUAUUAAAAAAUAAAUAAGACACCCAA